AUGUUUUGGGAGCUUGACGCAAUCGGGAUCAAAGAAGAAGAAACCAAAGCUCUGACUGUGGAAGAAAAUAAGGCUGUGAAGAAAGUGACUGAAACCAUAAAGAUUGACAAUCAGCGUUAUGAAAUUGGAAUUCCCUGGAAAGAUAACGAACCAAAAUUCACUGACAACUAUGAUGUAGCAUUGGCACGACUCGAGAGCCUGGAGAAAUCCUUGAGAAGAAAAGGUGAGGAAGCCAUGGAAGCCUACAACAAGAUAUUUGUCAAAUAUGAAGAAAAGGGUUACAUAAGAAGAGUGACAAAGUCCGAAAGAACAGAUCAAUGGAUACCGCCUCACUUCCCAGUCUUUAGACCCGAUAAGGAGACCACGAAAGUACGAGCGGUUUUCGAUGCAGCUAUGAAGCAUGACGGCAAAAGUCUGAACGCUGCCAUACUGCCAGGCCCCAAGCUCCAAAGAGAAAUCGUUGAUGUUCUUACCCGAUUUCGAAGAGCACCUAUCGCGAUGACAGCGGAUAUCUCGGAAAUGUUUCUACAAGUCAAGUUACGAGACCAAGAUCGUCCGUACCAUAGAUUCUUAUGGAGAAAUUUUGAUUCCAGUAAAGAGCCGACUAUUUACGAGUUUCAACGCCUGUUGUUCGGUAAUACAGCGUCACCCUUUUGUGCCCAGUAUGUGCUCCACUACCAUGCAGAAACUCAUAGUACAAAAUUUCCAGUUGCAGCGGACUCUGUUGACAACUCUAUGUACGUUGACGAUUUGCUAGAUUCCUGUGAAACAACACGAGAUGCCAAGAACUUGCAAACGCCACUAUCAGAUUUGCUCGCCUUGGCAGGGUUCCCACUGCGGAAAUGGGCCUCGAAUAGUGAAGACAUUCUCACCGAUAUUCCCGAAGAAGACACACUUUCCAGUCUGGAGAUCACAAGCCAGGAAGGUUCACCAUCAAAAACCCUCGGAGUCUUGUGGGAUGCAAAAAAAGAUGUCUUUGUAUUUCAUGUCAAGCCACCAGACAAGAAUGAAAUACAUACCAAGAGAAAUGUUCUAAGUACCAUUGCGUCGCUGUAUGACCCACUACAAUUUCUCUCCUCUUUUAUCCUAAGAGCUUAA